CAGCGGCGGCGGGCGGGCGGGAGGGCGGUCUCGAGCGGCGUCCGACGGUUGGUCGUGAGCGGCGGAUUGACGGCGCCCGAUCGACAAUGGCGGACCCCAAAUACGCCAACCUGCCGGGCAUUGCAUUCAAUGAGCCCGAUGUCUAUGAGACCAGUGAUAUGCCCGAGGAUGAUCAAGCUCAGUUUGAAGCGUUUGCGCAAGAGCUGGAGGAGCUGAACAGUGAGAGCGUGGAGCGCAUUGUGGUCAAUCCAAAUGCUUCUUACGACAAGUUUAAAGACAAACGAGUUAGCACCAAAGACAUUGACUUUUCAGAUCGGAUCAGCAAAUCGAGAAGAACUGGCUAUGAAACUGGAGAUUACGAGAUGCUGGGAGAGGGAAGUGGCGUAAAGGAGAGCCCACAGCAGAAGUACCAGCGACUGCUACAUGAAAUGCAAGAACUGUCUGAAGAGGUGGAGCAAAUUAAGAGUACAGUGAAGGAUUCCUCUGCUGAAGAGAAGUUGACCCCGGUUGCUUUGGCCAACCAAGUUUCAACCCUGAAGCAGCACUUGAUAACACUACAGCUGGAGAAGGUCCUGGGACCUGAUGCGGCCAUCGACUUGACCGAUCCUGAGGGCGCGCUGGCCAAGCGACUGCUUGCCCAACUGGACGUCACAAAGAGCGGAAAGGGACGCCCUACUGUGGACAAAAGCCCCGGCAAAGGAACUGAUGGAAAUGCCAUCACUUACGAGUUAUACUAUCGACCGGAGCAGCACAAGUUUACUCAGGCGGCGAAGGUGGCAGAGCUGGAGAAACGCCUGUCAGAGCUGGAGGUAGCUGUGGGCACAUCCUCUGAUAAACAGAACCCACUUACUGUCGGAUUGCAGGGCUCAUGUCUAAUGGGAACCAUUGAGAUUCUUCAGGCUAAAGUGAGCACCUUGGAUUCAGCAACGCUUGACCAGGUUGAAGCAAGACUACAGAGUGUCCUGGGGAAGCUGAACGAGAUCGCCAAGCACAAAACAGCCAGUGAAGAUGCGGAGACUCAGAGCAAGGUAGCUCAGCUGUAUGAGCUGGUGCAGAAAUGGGAUGCCAUGGCCACCACCCUGCCACAGGUUGUCCAGCGGCUAGUUGCUGUAAAGGAACUCCAUGAGCAAGCCAUGCAGUUUGGCCAGCUGCUGACCCACCUGGAUUCCACACAGCAGAUGAUCACAGGGACGCUGAAGGAAAACACAAGUUUACUGAGCCAGGUUCAGAACACCAUGAAGGAGAACCUGUCGGUGAUUGAGGGCAACUUUGUUGGCAUCGAAGCUCGAAUGAAGACCAUUACCAAAUAAAUGCCAGCAGCUUGCUUGGGGUUGCUUGUGUUGGCCAGUGAUGCAUUUGGGUGGAGAACACAAUAACUAACUAACUAACUAUUUAACUAAUGGGCUGUGGUCGAUUGGAAAAAAAUAAGUGCUAAAUCCUCUUCUCUUCCCCAUUUCACGUAGCCCAAUAAACUACAUACACCUUGUCCUCACUGCUUGCUUCUCUACAGUCCCCACCUCUUUAUUCUUUGCCGUGGGUUUUUCCGUCCAGCUUUACUAUUUACUAUUCCGUUUGUCUGUCAGAGCAGCGUUCACUGUUUUGAUUAACUGAAUGUUUAAAGCCCCUUAAACAGACUUUUAGCAGCUUUAACCCAACCAUGCAAAGCACAGAUUACCCCUUUAAGUGCAUAAUACGGACUCCUGAAAGUAGUGGGAAUCAGUAGUUUUAGAUUUCUUAAUACAGCUGCCCCUUCCAUGAGCUGGUAUAAGUGAACUGUACGUACAUUUAGACCGUUUCAAUAGGGAAAGCGUAUAAUAUCCCUUCACUAUAAUGAUCCUUUAGCAAUUCUUGUUCUUUCACUCCCCACUGCACUGCAUAAAACACCCUCAUCUACUAUUGGCCUCACUGUAUUGUGCCCGUUAUUUGCUUGUUUUUUUUUUCUGCUUUAGAAACUCUAUCAAGUACUUUCUCUAUAGCAUGCCUCCUGCCAAAGGCAGCCUCGUAACAGGAGAACUAUUGUAUAAAUGCUUCAGGUUCACAUUCCUUGAUAAACUCUGCUCUUUUUGAAGUUCCUCAAUUCUGAUCGGUACCUGCAGUGGGCAGGGCUUCAAUGGCACUUUUGUUUCUAAUUUUUGGUAAAAGUUUGGUUUGGAAAACCACUUUCAGAUAGAAACCGUGGAGUUGCACUCGUUCACUCACUCACGAUGAGUGUCACCUCGGGCAUCAGCAGGAAAAGCAGGGAAGCACCUGUGAUAUAACCUCCAUUACAAGCUAGAGUUUCGUGAGUGUAACAGCCUCUUAUCAAAGCCUGGAGGAAAGGCUGGUAGCUAACGUUCAGUCUUUGACUGUACUGCACUAGCAGACAUUGAUAUCAUUUUGAACCGCAGCUCACAUUUAAUUUCACUGUUAAUGCUUCCUCUAAAUUGUGGAAUUGUCCAGAACAGCUGAGAAAACCGUGUGGCUUUCCUAUAUUUUUUUAGAAAUAUCCGGAUUGAUGGACAAGUUUAAAUCCAGAACUACAAACAGGUUGGUGCAUGAGCACGCUACAGUAAACCUCACCGCAGAUAUGAAUAUGCUAACCACUGAAAGAGAGUUGGACGGGGAGGUAAAUAUCCUGCUAACAGAAGGCCUUUGUUUGUUGCCUUUUCUACUGGUAGCAUUGGUCUCUGAAAGUUAUUGGAUAAACCUCUCCCCUUUCUGAGAUCCAGAGGUUAUUCUUGAGUAAAGGUUCCUAUCACUUAAACCGACUGAAGGUCUUCCACUGUCUGUGAUCUUGUCAGUGAGGAGCAAAGCCUUUCCCUCAGGAACCACUGAGGAUGUAAACUCUUCCUUGGGUUCAGCGAAUGUGUUACCAGGACACAGCGAGCGAAGCGGGGGAGGACAAUUUGGAGUUAAUCAGCUCCUACCUACAAAGAGGAUCCACUCUCUUGCCUUGUUUAUUGUUUCUUGUGUCUGCGGUGACCCUGAGGUAGAAUAAAUGAUGGGACUUUUUUUAAAGAACGAUCAAGAUUAUUACUCAUUUUGUUUUAUAUUUUUAAUAACCCCAUUCACUCACUUGAUGCAAUAAUAGGGCUGAAACCCCAAGUUGAAACUUCACAUUAUUGCUGUGGAUUCAUAUCUGUUAAAGUCUUACCCUUUCCUCUGCCAAACGAACAACAGCAACUUGCGUUUAAAUAGUGCCCCUCACCCAGGAUAGCGUCCCUGAGCGAACAAGCUGCUAAUUUAGUGUUAGGGCUGGGAAAUUGCUUUUAAAGAGAAUGUAAUCUUAUAUCGUGAUUUUACAUAAUAAUUUGGUCACUCAAUCCAUGACUGUUUGCGGGACACUGCUGGGCUCAAUUGGCUGCUGCGUUUCACCCCCAAAAUAUGCAGUCAAUUCACUUUACAGUAUCAAAUGCAAGGAUUAUUAUAAGUGCAUUGACAUAGUGUGCCUCUUGAUGUGAGCUGUGGUGUGUGUGUGUGUGUGUGUGUGUAGAGGUGGACAUCAUGUGCAUCUUUCAGGAGCCACAGUCACAGUGAAGAUGAACAGUGGACAUGGUUAGGCAGAUUCAACAUUUGGUGCAAAGUGUCGAGUAAUCCUUCCGCACUAAAAGCAAUGACAGGAGGCCGAGUAAGUGCUCAGGCCAGAGUAGAUCCCUCUGCCGCGGGACCUUCCUUGUAUUUACUGUUUCUUCAUGACAGAUUCAUAAAGCGCAGUUGUGAAUAAGUGCUCUAUCAAAGAACAUACUUGUCUUAAUCUUCAUUUUGUUUUAAUUUAAUCCCAGCGUCCUUGGGAUUUACAGCAAAACUCCGUUACUGAAAGCAACGCAUGUGUAAAACUCCGAACUGGUCUUAACGCUGACGUGUUGUGUCUGUGUGUGUGUAUAACACAGCAGCGAUCACAAAUUCUGUAGGGCGAUAGGCUUUCAGGUACGGUAAAUGUUGAACUCGUCUAAUAAGAUGCAGUACGUGGUAAUGGCAAAAUUGUGUGGUGCUGGACAUUACUGCAAAAGGUGUAAAAGAGUCUUGUAGCAUAUUGGUUGGAGUGCUCGCCCCGCAAGCGAGAAGACCCGGGACCGAUUCCCUUGCAGGGUGAGACCUUAGGUAAGCUUCCUCACUCCAUACGCCUCUGUUUACGCAGCAGGAAGUAGGAACCUGUUUUUUUUAGUCGAUGGGCAGAUCGCAUUUCCGGGGCUAACAACCCUUUUGAAAAAAUAAAUAGAAAAUAAUAAUUUGAUCAUUCAAUCCACGGCUGUUUGUGGGGGACGCCGCUGUGCACAAUUUGCAGCUGCGUUUUUCCCACAAAAUAUAGUCAAUUCACUUUAUAGUAUAUCAUUCAAAGUGUUUUGAGACGCCUCAACGACCUACAUCAAAUGCGAGGCUUAUUAUUAUUCUACACAAAAUAGUGGUUUAUCCUUGAGGCCGUGUCAUACAGGCAAUGUGGGGAUGUCACUACUUCCCUAUUUAGAAACUCUCUGUCUAUAGGGUUAUUGCAUCGUGUCACGUAAUGUAACUAAUCACAGAUUGAAUCGAUCCUUCAUUAUGAUCAAUAGGAUUCCUUGGUUUACUGCUGAUGAAGCAGAGACUGACUACAGUGCCACUGCAAACCUUAGACAGCCCCAGGUGAGGACGUGGACUGAUCUGGUUACCGGAUAAUAGAAGGAAACUUGUGGUGAAAUCUGUGUUUUAGUGUGUGUGCAUUAUUCAGUCGAUCGGUUGUGUAUAUGAGUUAUAUAUUUGCCUUUGUCGUAAAUAUUUAUGGAUGCAAUGUGGUAAAUUUGCCAAUGCACUGACCGACCAGGGUAAGGCAAAAACAAAUCAGUGAACUGGAGAUCACUGUUAAGCCGGAACACUAAAGCAGUUGUGUGUGCACUGCAGAUGCCAGUGAGCGCUUAACACAAUUUAAGUGACUUAAUAAAUCUCGAUUAUACCUUAA